UUGACUUUUUGGGCUUGCCGUAGUGUUGUGCCACAUUUAGCGCGAACUUUAAUGGAAACCGGAGUAUGUGAACCAUAGACUGAUGUGAGCCGAGGAGAAACAGCUGGAGCAAGACACAGGAAUUCCUUUUACAACUCGUCUCGUCCAUUGUACUUUACUGUACUACCUGCUGACGCAGUGACCUCCGCGUAUAGAGCCACAGCGUCAUAUUUACACCAGACCAACAUGGAAGUGAUGCAGGCAGAGCCUCCCGUGUGUCUGGGUAGCAGACGGUGAACGCCCGCACCGCGUCCAGGAGUCCGGGGAAAUGAGGAGGAGUCUGGCUCCCAGUCAGGUCGCCAAGAGGAAGCAGGGAGGUGAAUCCUGCGAGGACGAGGAGUGGACAUGUAGAACUGAGAAAAGAAGAAAAAGUAGUGAGAUGAGAGAGAACCAUAUCUCUCCUUUCAGAAAGCCUCUGACUCAGCUCAGCAGCCAGCCUGCAUGUACUGAUGGUGACCAACAUGAGGCAUUUAUUCGCAGUAUCCUCUCCAAGCCUUUUAAAAUCCCUAUUCCAAAUUAUACAGGCCCGCUGGGAAUCAGGGCACUUGGUCUGAAGCGUGCAGGAGUGAGGAAAGCACUUCACGAUCCCUUCGCAGAGGAUGCUUUGGUUCUUUACGAGCCCCCGACUCUGAGUGCUCAUGACCUGAUCAAAGCUGAAAAAGAAAAACUACCAGUCCAUGUUGUUGUGGAUCCAGUUCUAGGAAAAGUGCUCAGGCCCCAUCAGAGAGAGGGGGUGAAGUUCCUGUGGGAGUGUGUGACAGGCAGACGCAUCUCAGGAUCGUACGGCUGCAUCAUGGCUGAUGAGAUGGGCCUGGGGAAGACUCUGCAGUGCAUCGCCCUCAUGUGGACCCUGCUGCGUCAAAGCCCCGACACUAAGCCAGAGAUAGACAAGGUCAUUGUGGUUUCACCCUCCAGUCUGGUUCGCAACUGGUACAAUGAAGUUGGAAAGUGGCUGGGGGCACGCGUCACACCAGUGGCCAUCGAUGGAGGUUCGAAGGAUGACAUCGAUAGACAGCUAGUGAACUUCAUGUCCCAGCAUGGUUUGAGAAUACCCACCCCAAUCCUGAUCAUUUCCUAUGAAACCUUUCGACUGCACGCUGGGGUUCUGCACAAGGGCAAAGUUGGACUCGUCAUCUGUGACGAGGGCCAUCGACUGAAGAAUUCUGACAACCAGACAUACCAGGCCCUGAAUACCAUGAGUGCCCAGAGGAGAGUGCUGAUAUCAGGCACUCCCAUCCAGAACGACCUGUUGGAGUACUUCAGCCUGGUCCACUUUGUUAAUGCUGGGAUCCUCGGCACAGCUCAGGAGUUUAAAAAGCGAUUUGAGCUUCCCAUCCUGAAGGGUCGUGAUGCAGAUGCCAGUGACAGAGACAGACACACUGGAGAGGAGAAACUCAAGGAGCUGAUCAGCAUUGUCAACAGGUGUCUGAUCAGGAGAACGUCUGAUAUCUUGUCAAAGUAUCUUCCUGUGAAAAUUGAGCAGGUUGUUUGUUGCAGGCUGACUCCUCUGCAGACAGAGCUCUAUAAGCGCUUCCUGAGACAGGCCAAACCCGUCGAGACAUUACAGGAGGGCAAGAUAAGUGUCUCCUCCCUGUCUUCCAUCACAUCACUCAAGAAACUGUGCAAUCAUCCAGCACUCAUCUAUGAGAAGUGUGUGGAGGGUGAGGAAGGCUUCGAGGGGGCUCUGGAUCUGUUUCCACCUGGCUACUGCACUAAAGCUGUGGAGCCUCAGCUCUCUGGGAAAAUGCUUGUUCUUGACUAUAUCUUGGCAAUGACCAGGACAACAACUAGCGAUAAAGUGGUGCUGGUCUCUAACUACACUCAAACACUGGACCUCUUCGAGAAGCUGUGCCGAUCGAGAAGAUACCUCUAUGUUCGACUGGAUGGCACGAUGUCCAUCAAGAAAAGGGCCAAGAUUGUGGAAAGAUUCAACAGUCCAUCAAACCCAGAGUUCAUCUUCAUGCUGAGCAGCAAGGCUGGUGGAUGUGGCCUGAAUCUGAUUGGUGCUAAUCGUUUGGUGAUGUUUGAUCCCGAUUGGAAUCCAGCCAACGACGAGCAGGCAAUGGCCCGGGUGUGGAGAGACGGCCAGAAGAAGACCUGCUACAUCUACAGAUUGCUCUCUACGGGGACAAUAGAGGAAAAGAUCCUGCAGAGGCAGGCCCAUAAGAAAGCACUGAGCAGCUGCGUGGUGGAUGAAGAGCAAGAUGUGGAGCGCCACUUCUCUCUGGGUGAACUCCGAGAACUCUUCACACUCAACGAGGAGACCACCAGCGACACACACGACAGGUUUCGCUGUCACCGCUGUGUGAAUGGCCAAGAGGUUCGCCCCCCUGCAGAUAACUCUGACUGUACCAGUGACCUUUCCCAGUGGAACCACUGCUACAACAAGAAGGGUCUGGGGGACCAAGUGUUGAAAGCCUCCUGGGAUGCUGCAGUCUCCUUCGUCUUCCACCAGCGCUCUCACGAGGAUCAGAAGGGUGUUGCAUAACACAACAGACUUCCUGUCACACCACUACCUGUAUAUACUUUUGCUGUAAUUAUGAGUUUUUAUGUUGAUGUUUAUUUUAUUAUUAAAACAGAAAGAAUAAAU